AUGGUGAAUGUCAAUUUCCCAAGGCCAGACCAACUUAGGCAAAGGUUGAACUUGUGUGGCUCAGCAAAGGCUGCGGCAGAAAGAAGGGCAAGGGAGUUUCCGGCAGACCCUAAGGCAAGGGGCAAAGCUAAAAUGUACCCUGAGGUGGCCAAGGUUCCUGAGACAAAAUUUUCAACUAAGGAAGAACCUCCAAAGGCCAUUAUCCUAUGCAGUUGA